ACGAGUCCUUCCAACAUGGCGCCGAACAGGAGGUUGAAACGCGUGGUGGCUUCACAGCCUGGUUUCCUAAAAUUAAAGUCCUCUCAAGGCGUCGCGGGUUCGGCUGUUCACCGGAAAAAACGUCUGAACAAGAACAAGAAGAAGAGCUGGAACAAAUACAGCGACAUUAACGACGUAGAUGAGUUUUUACAGGACAUCAGACACCAGGAGAGGACCACGGGUGGUCUGCUUUCUGAGAAGUCAGAUGAGAGUUUAUUCUUUUUGGAUGUACGACCAAAGACACCGCAACUGGCAGCGGUGGAACCCGUCGAGGAGAAAACGGGGAGAAGGAAAACGGCUCGUCCUCUGAGGAUAGAUCUGAUCCUGCAGCUCGACUCUAAAGUUCCGCCACCUAAAGAUGUGCUGGCCUACCAGCGACCGAAUGCCAAGAAACUCCGUCGUAUCGCCCAGAAGGCCGAGAAACUGACGGCAAAAGGCGUGGUGACGCGGAGGCAGAAACGGCUGCUGGUCAGACCGAAGCUCGAUGACACGGCCAAGAAGGCCGAGCUAGAGCCCAACAACAACCCAGAAAGAGAUUACUACGACAUAUGGAGACAAGAGUCCACAAGUACAGCUGACCCCUGGUUCCUCGAGCAGACGGGAAAGAUGCGUGUCAAGCGCCCAGACAGGUUGAAUGAGAAGCCGUCCGUCCUUCCUGCGGUGGAGGUGAUCUCCGCAGGAGGAUCCUACAACCCAGACUUCUUCUCCCAUCAGGCCUUGCUGCAGGUGGCCCACGAUGUGGAGGUCAAGAAACAAAAGGAGGCAGACAAACUAGAAAAACGACUGGCGGUCAAGAAGGAAAACUUCGCAACAGAGGAGACAAUCAUGAUGGAGCAGGUGGAAGGCCUCGUGGAAGAGGAGGAUGAAGACAACGCUAAUGAGGAAGAGGAGGAUGUGUCAGUUGGUGGCAUAGUGGUGGCAGUAAAGAAGACCGAGAGACAGAGGAGGAAGAAGAGGGCGGAGAUACUCAAGGCGCAACGCCGACAAGCCCAGAGAAUAAAGUCUGACAAUCAGCAGCAGCUCUUCCAGCUGCGCUCCAUCAAGACCUCCAUCAAGCAGCAGGAGGAGGACACCAAGAUCAAACAGAUACAGCGCAAGCGCAACCAGGAGGCCCAGAAAGCCCAACCCAGACGUCUCGGCAAACUCAAGUUCGAGCCUCAGGACAUGGAGGUUCAGUUGAGUGACGAGCUGGCUGGCUCCCUGCGACAACUCAAGCCAGAGGGCAGCGUCCUCAAGGACCGCUUCAAGAGUCUGCAGAAGAGGAACAUGAUCGAACCCAGAGACCGAGCCAAGUUCAAGAGGAGGCUCAAGGUGAAGUACCAGGAGAAGAGGGCUUUCAGAGCCAUCACUUGAGGCCGAGCCGCAGACAAGAGGAGCCCAACGCGAGAAGCUGGGGAGCAUUUUAAGGACACAAGCGCAUCCUAAUGGACCCGUGUAUAUACAACUCGAUGACAAAUGUAACUGCUAUCUCUUAAUAUGUUGAAGCGAUGACAUAAACUGAAAUGCAAAUUGUG